CGGUCCAACCCAACCCCAACCCACACCCACACGGCCCAAACCCCAGGGGAUAAAAACCCCGUGGGAUCGGGGACACGCGCGCGGCUCCCAGCACAGCAGCGGAGACGAAGGCGGCCACGCGCUUCUGACGGCGAACCGGCGGCGGCGGCGGCGAGGAUCGAUGGAGGGGUGGAGGAAGAAGGUCGCGUUCCGGGCGCGCCGCGCGUGGGCGGCGCUCGUCUCCGGCCGCCUCCGCGCGAGGAAGCAAGGCAGCCGUGGCCUCCUGAAGCUACAUGAGGACGUGCAGACCUGCGACUACAAGGAUGUGCAGGUCAUGUUCGAGAUGCUGACGUCGGAGCUGGAGGCCCAGAAGCAGCAGCAGCAGCUGCUGCCGCCGUCGCCGCGCAAGCCGGCGUGGCCCGGCAGCUCGCCGUCGCCGGCCCCGGCGAAGCAGUAGAGACAACAAGAACAGCAAGAAGAUGAUGAGGAGACCGUGCGCUUGCAAUGCACGGCACUCGAAAGAAGAAGAAGAACAACAACAUUUGUUACUGAACUUUCUUUGUUUUGUUUUCUUUCUCCCAGUUUUUAGUACUACAACAGCUUUAGUCCUGGUUUUGCCUGAUGCAUCUGCAAUCAGCAGCCAAUGAAUCCGUCCCCCUGCCCUUCUGUCAGUUUACUCCGGCAAAAGAGCGAGAGAGAAAAAAAAUGCAGCAAUAAGAAGAAGAAGAAGAUGGAGAAGGAGAUAGGCUCAGGAGAGCAUCAGAUUUUGUGGUGCCAUAUGAGCCUCUUUUGCGUGUGUGUGUGUAAAUACAGCUGCUGCUGAUUUUUUUUUUCUCGCAUGUUGGGAGUGAAGAGGGAGCAAGAGGGGUUCAUCUCCUGUUAUCUGUUUGGCAAAAUUUAUGCCUCAGGGUGUACAUUUCUUUUAUGUCUGCCUGUCUGUUUCUGCAUGUGUUCUUGAGGAGGCAGUGAUCUUCAGUUUCCUCAUGACACAGUGGAUGAAAUCAGCUUCUGUUUCAAGAGAAUAAUCAUAUCCAUAUUUGAGCAACA